AUGAUCGCGCAGAUAGUCAAACCACGCCCUGAGCACAGACCUGAAAUUCAGGCCAACAGCAGUUUUCAGGCGCCUACGGAGGACACGUUGGAAGAGAUCAAAGCUGCCUUCAAGUCUGUGCAGGAAGAAAGUCGGCAACUUCAAGAACUCUUGGGAGCAGCGGAGCAAGCCAAUCAGGACUUCUUCUGCACCUAUCGUCUCGAUAUCCGGCCAGAGACUUCAGACGAGGGCAAGUUUCGCAAUUUCAUCCGAGCCUUUGUCGACCUCCAUUCGGAAUCUGAAGCUGUGAUCGAGUGGGAAGCCCUGGAAAGCAGUUGGACAGGUCGCAUCAACCAGGCGCGACAAUGGACCAAAUGGCCAAAUCACCCCUAA